AUGACUCAGUUCAAAUUCUAUGGUAAACAUAGUACUUCGAACUACCUCAGAAUCAGACAGCAAAUAUAUCUCUGUCUUUUGAUCUUGUUGGGGCCAAUUUUAUCUACUAGCUUCCCUAAACCCGGGAAAGCAGCGGUUCAAAUAAGCCUUACGCAGCUGAAUAGGAUUUUAGACUUGAGACAGAAACAGCCCGCAUCCACCUACAAAAUCCAGCCCCAAACAACAUACCAGAUCUCACACCCCAAGAAACCGGCUUUAGUUUCGAAUUUUCAUACAGUCAUCCAUAAAAUAUUUUGCUCGGCCGUGUUUAGACCGACCUCUCCGGUGCUACCGGACGCCUUAAGGCCGUCGUUUGUUUAUUACAGAUGGACUGGGGAACGGAGGAGGAUUAGGCUAGCCUUUCACCAGCUUGAUGUUAUGAACACCCAUGGCAUACCCCUGUGUGGGAGUGUGGUGGCUUACUGCGGUACUAACGGGAUAGCACUUGGGGCGAUAUAUGGCGACGAGAAUCUAGGAGGAAGGGAGCCAACCUCUGCUCUACCAGUUCUGUACUCUAACCAAGCAGGACCGUGCAAUUUUUCCAUGUCUCAAACAGCAAUAACGCACGCAAUCAAGUCGCCUAUUGCCUUGCCCUGUCUUGCCGUAUUUCUAUCUCAUUAG